ACAACCUCUGGCAACUGCGCUGAAGCCGGACGUGAUAUCAAGAGAAGCCCGACUGCCUGCGGAUUAUUCUACGCGAACGCUCCCUAGCCGUCGUUACGAAGGGAAGUCUGCUUGUCAAACAUAUUCGCAGAAAUGUCAGACAUCGAAUUCAGUGACCUCUCGAGCAACCUCUCCGACUAUGUGGUCAUCGACGUGAGGAACCGAAAUGAGGUCGAGGACAACGGCCAGAUCCCCGGCUCGCACUGUAUUCCAUUGCCAGAGUUGGAGUCCGCGAUGGACCUGAGCGAGCACGAUUUCGAGGCCAAGUACGGGUUCGAGAAGCCUUCGACAUCCACGUCCAUUGUCACCCACUGCAUGAAGGGGGGUCGUGCCAGGAGGGCCGGGGAUCUGUUCAAGUCGAAAGGAUACCAAGCCAGGGUAUAUGAAGGCUCAUUCACGGACUGGAAGGCCAAAGGGGGUGACAUUGUUCCCGGAAAACCUUGAGAGAAGCGGAGAAAAUGCCGUUUCCGUCGCACCAAUUCAACUAACUGAGAAUAGAAUGACACGUUUGAUACAUUGGCAUUUUAUUGCACGGUGCCACUUUUGUAACUUUACUGAUUUUGUUUGUAAUAAAUUCAUAGGAAUGCAG